UGAGAGGAGGAAGGUGCAAUAAACACACAGGGCGUCUGCGCCUAUCUAAGUAGGACAAUAAAGUGAAAACGGCAUCAAUGCUCUAACAAUGGAUUUGGCAGAAAUGCUUCUUCUUAAAGUUUUUCUCUUCGCGUGUUUACUAAACGACGCCCAAGGACACUAUAGAAAUCCCCUGAACAAGUACAUCCGUCACUAUGAAGGCCUGUCCUACGACACAGAGCUUGUGCACAGCAAGCAUCAGAGGGCCAAGAGGGCGCUCUCUCAUGAAGACAAGUUCCUUCAUUUAGAUUUUCAUGCCCAUGGAAGGCAAUUUAAUUUACGAAUGAAGAGGGAUACCAAGUUGUUUGCCCAAGAUUUAAAGGUGGAGAUUUCAGGACAAGAGGUUCCGUAUGAUACCUCACAUAUCUACACUGGAGAAAUCUAUGGUGAGAAAGGUACCCUUACUCACGGUGCCAUUGUGGAUGGUAAGUUCGAGGGCUUCAUUCAAAGCUACCACGGCAAUUACUACGUGGAGCCUGUUGAGAGGUACCUGGAGGGCAAAGAUGUGCCCUUCCACUCAGUCAUCUACCAUGAAGACGAUAUACACUAUCCGCACAAGUACGGCCCAGAGGGAGGCUGUGCUGAUAGCACAGUGUUUGAUAGGAUGAAGAGGUACCAAGCCUCGGCUGUCGAGGAGCUGCACAAGCAGGAGCUCCACACUGAGACUGCCUUUAAUGAACCUGUUCUGCUGAGGAAGAAGAGGAUGGCCCAGGUUGAGAAAAACACCUGCCAGCUCUUCAUUCAGACGGACCACCUCUUCUACAAGUACUACAAGACCAGAGAGGCGGUCAUCGCUCAGAUCUCCAGUCAUGUCAAGGCCAUUGAUGCCAUCUACCAGGGCACAGACUUCAUGGGUAUUCGCAACAUCAGCUUCAUGGUGAAAAGGAUCAGAAUUAACACCACCAAUGAUGAGAGAGACAGGUCCAACCCGUUUCGCUUUGCCAACAUCGGGGUGGAGAAGUUCCUGGAGCUGAAUUCAGAGCAGAACCAUGACGACUACUGCUUGGCUUAUGUUUUCACCGACAGAGACUUCGAUGAUGGGGUGUUGGGUCUGGCCUGGGUCGGCGCCCCUUCAGGGAGCUCCGGAGGCAUCUGUGAAAAAAGCAAGCUGUACUCGGACGGAAAGAAGAAAUCUCUCAACACUGGCAUAAUCACUGUACAGAACUACGCCUCCCACGUCCCUCCUAAGGUCUCCCAUAUCACUUUUGCACAUGAAGUAGGACACAACUUCGGCUCCCCGCAUGAUUCUGGAUCUGAGUGCACGCCCGGAGAAGCUAAAAGCCAAGACAAGAAAGAAAAGGGCAAUUAUAUCAUGUAUGCAAGGGCUACGUCUGGAGACAAGCUCAACAACAAUAAGUUUUCCAUAUGUAGCGUGCGCAACAUCAGCCAGGUGCUGGAGAAAAAGAGGAGCAACUGUUUUGUCGAGUCUGGCCAGCCCAUCUGUGGUAACGGCCUGGUGGAGCCAGGAGAGGAGUGUGACUGCGGCUACAGUGAUCAGUGCAGAGACCAGUGCUGCUAUGACGCUAACCAGGGAGACAACAAGUGCAAGUUAAAACCCAACAAAGUCUGCAGUCCCAGCCAGGGUCCUUGUUGUACUGCCGAGUGCAGCUAUAAGGGCCGUAACGAGAAGUGCAGGGAGGAUUCAGAGUGCGCUCACCAGGGCAUGUGUAACGGAGUAAGCCCUCAAUGCCCCACGUCUGAGCCCAAGGCGAACUUCACCGCCUGCCAUGGAGAAACUCAAGUCUGCCUCAACGGAGGCUGCUCUGGCUCCAUCUGUGAGAAGUACGGACUCGAGGCGUGUACCUGUGCCAGCCAAGAUGGCAAAGAUGAGACUGAGCUGUGCCACGUUUGCUGCAUGGAGAAGAUGAAUCCCAACACAUGCAGCAGCACAGGAUCGGAGCGUCUGGCUCGUUUCUUCAAUAAGAAAGUGACUACGCUGCCAGCUGGCUCGCCCUGCAAUGACUUCAAGGGCUACUGUGACGUGUUCAUGAAGUGCCGUUUAGUGGAUGCAGAUGGACCACUGGCCAGGCUGAAGAAGGCCAUCUUUAACCCAGAGCUCUAUGAGAACAUUGCAGAGUGGAUUGUGGCUCAUUGGUGGGCAGUGUUGUUGAUGGGUAUUGCUCUUAUCAUGCUCAUGGCCGGCUUCAUUAAGAUCUGUAGCGUGCACACUCCGAGCAGUAACCCCAAACUUCCCCCUCCCAAACCACUUCCAGGCACUUUGAAGAGGCGGCGAGCGCAGCAGCACGCUAACUCCCAGGUGCAGCAUCAGUCUCAGCACCCGCACUCCCACCAGCACGGCGGGCACGGAAGGCACGGCGGCCAGCGGCAACCCCAGAGGCAGCCUCAGCCUCAGGCGCAGCCCCAGAGGCACCACCGUCAGCCCCGAGAGAACUAUCAGAUGGGUCAGAUGAGACGCUGAGACCCUGCAUCCCGCCCCCUCCCCCCAAUGCCUUGGCUCCUCCUUGUGCCUACAGUGGGAAACAAAAGCGUCACUCCAUCCAAAGAAAAGCCUGACAUGGUUGUUAGUCAUCAUCAUAUCAUCCUCCAUUGACAGACAAAACAGACACAUGGAAAACAGAAAACACUAUCUAGCAACUCGAUUGGCUCUUUGUGGAGUGGACUCGACCAUCAGCCAUUUCCAAAUGCAGUGUGAUCUAGCAUCUUUUUCCACCUCUUCUUUUUUCUUUUUAAGGAGUGCCAAGGAGUUAAGGAAUCAUGUGUAGCUUUAGUACAUUCUGUGCUGUGUUUUUUUUUUUUUUCUUCUUUUUGGUCGAUUGCAACAUCUUCUUUGAGUGACACGCCCGUGGCUGCUGGUGAAUUGUUCCGUGCUAUUUUUCUUUGUUUCUUUUUCUUUCCGCCAUUCUUGCCAGGAAUGAGAGACACUCGUGAGGAUUUGCGGCACUUUUGUGAUUUACACAUGUCAAACGGCAAAAGACACAGGCUCCGGUCUCUCGUGCAGACAGUCUUCUGCAUGUGACUGUACAUAUUUAGUGUAUCAUAAGUGAAAACAAACUAUUUCUUCUACUGUAUAUGUGUAAUUCUUCACUUUUUUUUUCUUUGAUUAUUCGGUUAGUGCUCUCAGGACUAUUAACACAUUUAUUGAAGGAUUGAUGGUUGUGAUGAGUUCCUUGGUCGACUCAUUGUGGAGGAUUUGACGCCAUCAAGUUCUCCCUGCAGUCGUCCAAUCAGGUGGAUCUCUGUCACUAUCGUUAGAUUGCUAGAUUUCGGAUUUGAAGAUCACCAUAUCCCACUUUUCAGGCCUUCUUUGUUCAAGGUCUCUUUUUCUCAUCUUUUUUUUUUAAUUGUCUUUCUAACAUCAUGUUUCGCUCAUGUUGUGUAACAAGCUAGAUGACGGAAGGGGUCGUGGGAACAGAAAGGGAAAGAGAUCGCCUAGUUUGGUACACCUUUUUAUUGUCUUUAUUGAUUAUGUUUUUGAUAAUGAAGAAUGAAUAACCACUAACUGAAGCUGAUGAAGAUGACGAGUCUACCGGUUCUGAUAUGAAGACGAGGGAAAGGAGGGAUGCUGUGGCUUAGUUUAGAAGUGAGAGUCUAUCAUGUUACAGAGUUAGUUUACAUGAGUGUUGAAAUAAAUUUAAAAACGACUCCAGUGUGUGGAUGUAAAAAAAAAAAAAAAAAGUAUGAUUAAAUCAUUCUAUUAUUCUUCAGAUAGCGAAUCUAAGAACUUUUCAAUGUGGGCAUGCAGACACAUUUAUUAAAUGUGACUAUUAAUUGACCAAGGUCUGUAAUAUUUGUAUGUCACUCAACACUAUUUACUUUGACAGCUGUUACUGUUAGUCUUAAAGCGAGUGGGAGGAGCCUCGCAGCAGUGCUGUCACAGUAUUACAUUCCUCUGUGUGUUCACUAUUUUCACAGGAGACAAGCUGCUGCCGUUUGAUUUACUUUAAAAAAAAAAAAAAAAAUCACCUGCAGUUACAUCCUGGUCAGAUUCAUCAUCCCCUUGAGAGUUCACGAGUGCAGCCGUCAGUGUGAGUUCACAUCGGCAUACCAGGAAACUUUAAGAGGAAGAAAUGAAGGAGGGAUGUGAGCUUUUAUUUUAUUUUAUUUUUUUGUGGGAUUGUUUGACCUCAGGUGUUUUCUUCCUUCCCUCGCUGCUGCAGCACAGCAUGAGGGGAUGCUUUGGGAAGUGAUCAUAUGGUUACACUAAGCAAAUGGAUUUCAAAAUCUGGUCAUGAUGUCCUAGGAUUUAUUUACAUUUUGCCCACAAAUAGGAUUAUGGGAGUGGGUGAAAAGUUGGACGCAGGCAGUAAAAACUUUGAUGUUUUGCAUUAGAUAUUCAGCAAAGGUUUUUUCGUGUGUGUGCACUGACUUAAUUGGCAUCCUGGCAUUAUUUUUUCUGAAUGCAUGCAAUACUAAUCACAGCUAAUAUCUUACAACACUGUCCUAAUGGUUGUUCUAGUCACACACAUGCUCUGGAGGGGACUUUAAAAGUAAUGUCUCACAGUCAACAGUUGAUCUCACAUGGCAGAUGAAUCAGGCAGGUCGGCGGUGUCUAAAACUUCUCAUGUCUGUACAAUAAGGAGCUCUUUUUAAAAUGUCAUCUUCGAGGCCGAAUCACAUCCGUUGACGCCUGGAGAAUUUACAUGUAAACUUGUACAGUACUUCGAAAAAUUAGCAUUUCAUUUGAAAAUGAAAAAUUACAUUUUGAUACAUCUGUUCCAUUUUUUGUAUUCUAAUUCCAGAGUAAGUUGUUCAAAGAUGUUCAUAUGUGACAAACUUUCCUUUCUGCUAAGUUAUUUAUGUUCUUCUAUGUGCUAGUUGAAAUGGAGUUUGCUUCUGAUACUUUUCUCCACCAUCGUCGAUGAUAAAAACAGUUCAGGGUGAUGGAGUUAAUGUUACAUUCUCAUUUUUGUCUUCGUUAUCCUGUGGCAUGGUUUGGGUAGAAGAGCAGAAGAAUAAUGCCUGUAAAUUUACUUUCUUUUUCAUUUCGUAGUCUUGGUAAAAAAAAAAGAAGUUUUUAGAUAAACGUGCACUGAAAAUGUCCAAAUUGAGUUGAAAUGUCGUAGGUGAUGUAGGCCGAAAGAACACAAGAUUAAAAAGUAAUACUACUGUCUGAUUUUAAUGUUCACUGUGUUUUAUACAGUAUCGGAAAUUUUUGUUCACUUUGAACAUUUUUACUAAAAAAAAAAAAAAAAAAAGAUUUCAAAUUGUAUUGUGCAAAGAGAUGUAAUUUUUGGAGUACUUGAAAUGCAUUAAUUAAAAGACUGGUUCAAAAUAAAAUAGACCCCUGUUUACUGUC